AUUAUCAUCGACCAAACCGUGUGAUGAAAAGCAGACACUGGUCUCGAUAGCGUCAAAGCUCACGGCAGGAUUAGAGGAGCUGUCUUCCCUUCGCAUCUGCCCUCACCUAAGCAGACACUUCACUCUCUGAGUCUUCACGCGCUUGCCAUCUGAAUCUCGCCUCCAUCCCGUCGCCUCCGCCGCACCAGAUCCCCGCCGCCGGCAUCAGCCCGCCCGGGUCUGUGGAGUACCCGGCUACAGAUUAAUAGGGACACGAGCCAUGGCGACAGCGGCAGUCGGGGGUAUGCUCGCCUCUGCCGUCAUCAAGGUGGUGAUUAAACAGAUUGGUUCCGCCAUCGGAGGCGAGAUCAAGCAGCACUGGAACAUGAAGAAGGAUCUCGAGAAGAUGAAGAUGACGCUGGAGUCGGUGGAGGCCGUGCUCAGCGACGCCGAGACGCGGUCGGUCACGGAUAACUCGGCUCUUCUCUGGUUGAAGCGGCUCAAGGACGCCAUGUACGACAUCUCCGACAUGCUUGAUGACUUCGAAGCUGACACCGACCUGAUUGGCGCCCGAUUUUUUAAACAAACAAAUAGGGCUACAUGGUUCAUUAUGCAUGACCUGGUGCAUGACCUCGCAAGAUCGGUCAUGGCUGACGAAUAUAACUUGGAUGGCCCCAACUGCCGUUAUGCAUACCUGACAGAUUGUGACAGUUGCAGUAACAUCUAUUUGCUUAAGCAUGCAAUACAUGUUGAGCUGGAAAUCUCGCAGCCUUGA